AUGUCGCGACGACCGGCAAAAGGAGACUACAUCGAGACCGACACGGGCAACAAGGUCGCCCGCAAGGCGACGCUCGUCGGUACACAGAACAUCAUGCUCGGCGGCAAAACCGUCAUCCAGCCCGAGGUCAUGAUCCGAGGCGACCUCGCCCGCUCGGCGCAGCCCUCCGCCAGCGGGGCCCCCGCGAACAGCACCGCCGUCGCCAUCGGCCGAUACUGCUUUCUUUCGAGGGGCGCCGUGCUGCGCCCCCCGGGACGAAUGUACAAAGGAGCCUUCACCUACAUGCCUCUCCGCAUGGGCGACCACGUCUUCGUCGGCCAAAACGUCGUCAUUCAAGCAGCCUCGAUCGGCUCUCAUAUCCAUAUCGGCCGCGACUGCGUGAUUGGCGAAUUCGCCAUCGUCAAGGACUACGUGCGCAUCCUCGAGGGCACCGUUGUGCCACCAAACAUGGUCAUUCCGAGCUUCAGCGUCGUUGCGGGACAGCCCGCGCGCGUGGUCGGCGAGGUGCCCGAGGGCGGCCACGAGGAGUUUGAGCUGCGUGAGCUGUACAAGACGGUCGGAAACAACCCGCAGCCCCUGCCUGUGUAG